UUUAAUAACCUAUAAAACAUAAGUCAUCAUAUAUAUAAUGUAGAAGUAGCUGUGUUAACUAGGACUUCGCCCCGCUAAUGCUUAGACGCUCAUGUACCCAAUUGAUAUACCGAAAUUACAGCUUAGGUACUUAAGACGGAUAGCUUACAAUAUUUUUCCUCUCUUUACAAAUACCAUAACUCGACAAUGACGUCUACUGAAGGAAAGAUAACCCUUUCAUUUCAACAUAAUAAUCUAGGUACUGGAGUACGAAUAGGCGAACUAGUGGGGCUUUAUUUCCCCGCCUUAGAAAUAAAUCUCGGGGUACAGUCGGGAUCAAGUCCUCUAUUUCUUUCUAUCCUUCAACAUUCGACCCGUUUGCUUAGUAAAUUCGCAAUGGUCCCGAUGAUGCCAUUUCGGCGUUUAACGGUUGCCACUCUGCCCUACGGAUGGCAUUUAUAAAAGAGAUACUCUAACAUGACUGAAAUGAUGUGAAUAUAAAUCCCAAGUUACACCCACUGUAAAUAUGGACAUCUAGAUAAUUAAAUCUUAUGUUCAAUAUCUUGCUUCAUAUGAAUAUACCAUAAUUAAAGAGGAAUAUUUAGCUUAUGACAUUGCUAUCAACCAUUGCCCAAAGGACUUUUACACAAGCAUUGACAAAAUCAUUGGCUAAGCCCAUACUUCCACAAAAAGCCACCAUGACCACUGCAGCAUUCCGAUACAUCGACGCCGCCGCAAUCCCACAAGGCACCAAACCGUGGGUCAAAGUCGACGCGGACGUGACCUCCUUCAAAUUAGCCGAGAAAAAGCGUUCCGUGCACAAUCUCCGGGGUCACGAGAACGAAUUCUCAACGGACAUCUCAGGUUUCGCAGUGUACAAAGAACCCGCCAACGAGAAGCUCUUCACCGACGACGCCGCAGUACGCGGGUCGUACUACCAAGAAGUCGAAGACUUGCUGAAGAAGCACAUCCCUGGUAUUAAGAGAGUAGUAGUCUUCGACCACACGAUCCGCAGGAGAAACCCGGAAGCUGCUAGGGCUCCUGUGCAGCAGGUGCACGUGGACCAAUCGCCUGCCGCAGCCGAAGCGCGUGUGCGCCGGCAUCUACCCGCGGACGAGGCGGAGGAGUUACUAAAAGGCCGGUUUCAGAUUAUUAAUGUGUGGCGGCCUAUUGAGAACGCCGCGAGUGAUUUCCCAUUGGCUGUUAUCGACUGGCGUACCACGAAGCCAGAGGACUUUGUACCGGUGGAUCUGUUCUAUCCUAAACGCGCGGACUUCGCGAAGGAUAAUGAUGAUAGGGGUAAGGAGGCACGCGCUGAUGAGUCGACUUGGUAUUCCACGGAGGGUUAUGAGGUGAGGGGUGAAACAAUGUCCGUUGCGCCCAGUGAGGGACACAAAUUUUACUAUCAGAAGGACAUGACGCCGGAAGAGGUGUUGCUUUUGAAGUGUUACGACUCUUGGGGUGAGGGGCAACCUCAGGGGAAGGACGGGAUUGCGGUACGGACGCCACAUACCGCUUUCAUUGACCCGCAGACGCCAAAGGAGGCGCCCUGGAGGCAGAGCAUAGAGGUACGAUGCUUGGUGUUUUAUUAAACCCCACUGCAUCCCGUGGGAGUACAGAAGGUGUUGAGUAAUGUGGCUUGCAUGGUUCUAGGGAUUUGAAUAAAAUUUUCAUUCACUAAUAAAUGUCUCCUACGAUACCCGUAAAGAAAAA